GAUUUCUUCACUAUCGAGAAGCACAAGGAUGCCCUCAGCCUCUGGCAAGCUGCAAGCCUUCCCAAAACGUCGAGCGCACUCGGGUACUUGCGAUGACUUGGCUUCAUAUCUCCAAUAACUCACACACUCUCUCAGAUUUUGAAUAGACUGCUCGCUAGUAUAUGUAACGAACAUGAGCUACUCACUGUCAUAGACCGGAGACUCACCACCGGCAUCAGGUGAAAGUCACGUCACGCGCGUUUCUUUCUUGUUAUAUAACGAAACCAACACUCACAUCAGUUCCUGCAGUGAGCGGCGAGACUCCUGACCCUGACGGCCUACCAGCUCUCGACAAGAAACCAUUCUCCUACUCCGCCGCCAUCGCCAAGAUAACUGACGAAGAGAAAGAAGGUUUCUACAGGUUAUUCAUGGUUUGUGAUAAACAUAGAGAGAGCCUUGCUAGAAACGAAGGUAGCAACAUAGCACAACUGGCGCAGGUGUUCGUUAAUUCUGUAAUGAAUGAAUUCAAGAGGCAGGACCCUCGCCAGCUGUGCGCCAACAAUAGUAAACAUCUGACUUUCAUCAAGCAUCACCUUACCCGAAAAAUCAACCAGGUACUUCAGCGGUGACCCCGAAAGCAGAUCCACCGUCACCAUCCCGAUCAACCUCGUCGUCGGUUAGCAACUUGUUCCUCCCGUUAACUCCGCCAAAAACGACGACCAGCGACAACCUGACCCUCCAGCUCACACCACAGCAAGCAGCUACCCGUAGCAACCUGCUCCUCCUAGCCUCGGAAAGGGCUUUGCCCGCCGCAUCGACACCAUCACCAUCGUGCUCCCUUCACACGCCUGCAGGUGCUGGCUGUAUGCCAUGAGAUUGGAGCUAGGAUGAGACAUACGAUAGGACUAGCGUGAACCUCUCCGGGGUUGAUUGAUCAUGUAGCAUCCGAGUAGUGUUGUUAGCCUCACUGAGACCGCGCCCUUGAUACAGCAAAAGCCAUCUCCAUCUCCUGACACUCAAGAAUAGAGCCACGAUAGUCACUCAAUGAUGUAGGUUGCACACAGGUGGCGAGUAGAUGUAGUAGUAGCGACUGUCAAUGAUUACUUUAGGGCGGUCCGGUCUUUUCUUAGCACCUUCAUAGUGAGAGAUAGCAAACUAGGCAGACAUCCCCAAUCACCAUACGACGCUGAUAGUCACCAUAGUCACCACUGUAUGGGGAGCUGCUAUCAAAGCACUUGAGUAGCUGACAGCAAUAGCUUACAUGUGUUCAAAAACUACCCAGGUAGUACACCCGUGUGCCUCCCUAACGGAGCAGCAACUCCACGCAGCUCUGGAGAACAGAGAAGCACCUUCAGUACCCCGGCCCACGUUCUACAGCAUCACAAGCGAGACCGCAGCAAAAGUGGCCAGAAACUGCAAUCAGGGGAUUCUGUCAAGAAACCCCCAGCAAAGAAGCAGCGAGCAUGUGAUAAGAAGCAACAAGAAGAAGGUAAAGCUCAGGAUAGACCCUAGUUAUCCGUGGCUAAGAAGUAAGAAAAUAGGACGAUUUUCAACAUGAAAGUUCUGAACCUGUACCCCUAGCACGACUAUCGCCCCCAUUACACGCAGGUCCAUCCUCGCCGAGAAGCCCGAUCCAACAAGAGACACCCAUCGAAGUCUUACGCCUCCAGCGGCUAGGCAUCCCGAAAAACGAAAUAUCCAUCGCCUUAGCCGACCACUGCGACGCGACCACCCUAGUACCGACCGAGUUACUAGCGCCGGCACCGCACGAAGUUUGCGAGGCCAUCGUAGGUGACCUCAAAGCAGUACCACCACACAACGCUGAGAGGCUCCGACUACUGAAAAGUAUCGACAGCCUCGCAAAGGCGAACAAAGUUCUCGCAACGCAGAACGAAACACUAAAAGGAGCCCUCAAAAAGGAGCGAAACGCUUCCCGGGUCUCCUUCUCCAAAGGAGCACCCGGCAUAGGUACCCUAACAAGUAGAUCUUUAAAGGAACGCUCUUAGCUCUAUUGAUAGCCUGUACGUAGAAAAUAGGACACAACACAGAGCAAGAACACCCUGAAAUCCGACGUAAUGUGCGGUAAAGGGCCUUGCAGGUAAGACUUAAAACGGAAAACUCACAAGUGACCUAAUGGGUGACCAAAAACCCACGAACAGGCCAGCAUGGACAACCGCCAGCAAAACAGCGACGCAGAAAUGCUGCCCGCCGAGCAGCGCGACUGCUCAAAGGACACUGUGGUAGAGCCCAAAGACCUGCCAGCCAGUGAACCCCCAAACCACGUGACCAAAGACGAACAAAGGGGAGACUCCUCAUCAAGCAAACGCACCAACUCGGAAACAAACAGUAAGGAGCCCAAACUCCGGAAGGUCACAACUGAACCAAAACCAUACGAAGGGAGACCGAAAUGUAUGAAGGACACACUACCGCUAGAAUUCAUCAUCGAGAGAAGUCAUGGCGACGCAACUAUAGCUAUGACUGAGUACGACUUAAUCUCUGACUUCUUCAACGAACACCCAUCCGCUACGAGUGACAGGCUAAGUUUUAAUGGGAAGACGUUCGUCCAGUGGCUCGACCUACUCUUCCAAACGAGCGACGCGAUAGCGCAAGAAAAUAACCAGCUCGCGCUCGAAAAGUGCUUCCCUAAGCGAUCAGCUGUAGGAAAGCCGUCACCUGUCCAAAAACUAAUCAACAAAGAACCGCGAGAAUUCGCGCUGAGAGUACUCACAGCCGAACUCCUACCGGAUAAGGUCAUUAGGGAACGAUCGCCGGAGCAGGGCAGCCUCCUGGCAGACGUCCCCAGGCAAGAGAUCACCAACGUCGAAGAAGUUCGAAACGCCUACAAAUCAGCAGAACUCAGGGCAGAAGAUGUAGAGAAUUAUAUAGCAGAAGGGUGGUUCAUCGAGCCGAUCUUCUACCAACUAGUAACAGCAUACCGGUGCUCGAACAACUGCCCAAAAGCAGCAUGCUUCCUGUUCGACACACUACCGCCAAUCGUGAAGAACACAAUCCUGAAACUUCGCUACUCGCUGUACCACGCGAGAUACCAGCACCGACUCCUUCCAGAAGUGAUCUGGGACGCUAUCAUCGGUGGAACAAAAUCGCUCUCCGAGAAUACCAAGGAACGAGACAGAGGGAUCCAUCCGGACAUCCUCCAAGCAGUUGAAGCAGUCCUCCAACUCUUGCAGUGCUACCACCGGCCCGACGACACCUUCCACUCUGGUAACUGGGAGAGUCCCCUCCCAGUGAGAUCACUGAAGGAGACGAUCAGCCAAGCCAUGGCACAACAGCAGAAUUGGGCUAUGUGCCAAAAACAAAAGCAGAAAACAUGGGCGAACUAUCAGGAGGAUAACAGCAUCAAAGAGGUCCCAGGCAUCUCGGAGCAGUAUCGCAUCUCAUGCGCAGAGUGGCCAGGCGUCGACAUGGGAUAUGCCAACUACUUUGCCUCGUCUGUAAUCGACUGUCAAAAGUGGACACCACUCAGCACAGCAGAAGACGACUCUCCAACUGAAGACUCUGACGAAUACAGCGAAAACCCAGCGAAGGACAUCCAGGACCUGCUCGCCGCCGGAAAAAUAACCCUAGAUGAGAUAAAUGGCGAGCAGCAUGAAGCAAAGCCGAAGGCGAAAACGCAGUCCGUCUCCUUUGUCUCGCCAGCCAAGCGGACACCUAAACACAAGACAGAAAAGCAAAAAGCAUCCGCAGCCAACCAGGCAAGAAUCAGGUCUGCCUUUGGAAGCCACUUCGGUCAUGAGAUCGAACCAGACUCCCCGGAAAGUCCGGAAGGAUGGGAGUACGAAGACGGAAGCGCUGACCAGUGGGAUCCUCCGACAGCAGACGGCAGAGCGCUCCAACAUGGACCAAAGUCGUCGAAAUGCCCAUGGGGUUACCCUCAUUAUGAGGACCCGCUACCUCCAAACUACAUGGCAGAAGCGUGCGGCCACGGAUCGGAGGCAGCGCUGUCACUCGUUACGGCCAUGCGUGUACUACCGCCAGGCUUGGUGGCAAAGAGUGAAAUCUAGCACAGGCAUUUACCUUAGCAAUUCUCUCCUCUCUAAUCCCUACGCGCUACACCUGUACUGCUUCAUGGCAGCCAGACCAGGCGCAGCUGAAUCAAUGCCCCGACUCCUGAGUCCGCUCGUAUUCCGAAAAGUCAGAAGGUGCGUCGACGCCAUCAUCUCAGAAGAUGAAAAUCACCUGGAAGCACCGGUAAGCACGACCAAGAGUAGCCCAGUCUUUGCACUCAUCCACAAUCAACAAGCGGCGCAAAUCGUGAAAUCAAAGAAAGAGGCACCAAUAACACUGGACACAUUUGCGGACGCACUGACCAUCCUCUCAAUCAACCAAUAUGACCCAGCAAUCAUGCUGAACAGGAAGGCGGACGAAGUAAUCAACGAACUGCACCUGACACCACACGCCACUGUCAGCCUCAGAGCCUCUCUCCGAGAAAUCAUCGAAACACUAGGAGCAUCCAGCCUGUUCACAGGAUACUCGAUACCUCCGAGCUUCUUCGGUCUCCAAUCAGAUGAACUUUCAAGGGCAGUAAAAGCAGCCGAGAAAGUACUCCAGUCAGUAGUUACGAUGCACGACCACGUCAAUGACUUCAACUCAGAAAACCACAAAAAGCUCCUCGAAGUCGCAAAAGGUGAAAGAGCUUGCCUCAUCAUGCUCUACGCUGCCAAAGUGCUCGGCAGUAACUUCCAAAAGUUUACCGAGCUCCGAGAUGCAAUGAAAUGCGUCCAAGGCUUAGGCGCAGCACUCUGGAAACUAAAGCAGACUGCUAUGAUCUCGCACUUGGCAAGUGACCUCAAGUGCGACCCAUCCAAGACAGCAAAACUCUCAAAACGGGAGAUCAUCGAUAUCCUCCGCCGCAUCAAAGACACAGCACCAGCACAGCCAGCUGAGAAAAAGGGAAAAGGAAAAGGAAAGAGCAAAGGAAAAGGAAACGCAAAAGGCAAAUCAGCGAACGGAGUCAAUGCCUACAACUACCAAGGCAAUGCCUAUGGGGGUCUGUACAAAGGAGGCGACCAUGGGAAACACAACAAAGGAAAAGGUAAGGAGAAAGGAAAAGGCAAAGGCAAAAAAGGCAGCAAGGGAGGUAUCGCGAACCUUAUUUGCAAAACAAUUGAUGUGAUAACCGAGUGCACGCCACUAACACGAAAUCAAAUACACGCUACACAUUUGUGCCCCCUCCAUCUAGCAAACCGACUCAAACUUACAGUGCUGAACGAAAGCGGAGAAUUGAUAGCACCACACUGCAAGAACGGACACGACCACACAACCACUGAAGCGCUUGCAAAAGGUGCGAAGGGAUCAGGAGCCGGAAAAAGAGACUCCUAGAGUACUUAUCGCACAUGUCAUGGCUGUGCUCCGUAUCAAGGGAUGAAAAUAAACAGAACUGAGCACGUGGAGCAUAAUACUGAAGCUAUAUUAUAAACUUAGCUAUCUUGAAAUAGGCCAUCAACUUUAUAAUCUCCAUAAUCAAAAUCCUCAGCAUGUGCGGGGCCGCCGAUACCUCGGGGCAGAAGUGGCACACAGAGCACAGUGUUCCCAGGAGCAGGACGGCCGCUAGGUGUGCGGUUGACACCAUACUGCACAGAAUGUGGUAGAGCUGUGGUUCACUGUGCAUACUGUGGAGCUGGACCAGGUGCACCCGAGAAGGCAAGCACCAACCAGCACACGCCAGUGGGGGCAAAGUCUUGCUGUCAGCAAGGCACUCCCUCGUUCCAGUGAGACCGGGGAGAUACCAACCAAGAUGAGAUAAAUUCUAAUCAUCUUGGCAGUCGUUCUUUCCUGCAAAAUUUUAGCAGAAUACAUGAAGAAAGGAGCUGCCCUCUUUAGCAGAAACUACAUACCGAAGGAUAUUGAAAAUAAUAAGAACGCAAAUGACGUCCUUGAAAUUAAUAGGGG